GCUCUACAUUUGAGAUUGAAAAUGGCGCGAUCUGGCAAAGAAAUUUGUGCUCAACUUUCCGUCACUUGCCAAUUCUUGAAAAGCAAAGUUAAWCCUACGAAAACAAUGCUAAAUAGACUUGACGUAUUGGGCAACCUUUCAAAAACUGUAUUGAGCUCCUUGCUCUAUCGAUGUGGCGAUGUACAGCACGUGUUGCUCGCGCCGACGACACAUUCCGAUGGCGAAAAUAUCGCGUGAGUUUAACCGUUCAAACUUACUUUUAGUCAGAAUUUUCCAUCUGCUGAAGAAAAGGCUUCUACAAAGUGACUACACAAGAAUUGAAAUUAGUUCAACAUGCCAUUAGAUAGAGGAGCAAGAUGCGUCAAGUAUCUGGUUUUCUUGUUCAAUUUUCUUUUCUUUGUGUGUGGUAUUGGUCUAAUGGCUGUUGGUAUCUAUGUUCAGCUUCAAGUCGGUGACCUGGCUCAGCUGCAAAGUGUUAAAUACAUUAAUGGCUCUAUCUUGAUCAUAGUUGUGGGUGCAGCYAUUGCAAUGGUGUCAUUUUUUGGGUGCUGUGGUGCUAUCAAAGAGAACAGAUGCUUUCUAGGCUUGUUCUUUGUGAUAGUGUUGCUGGUCUUCUGUGGAGAGAUUGCUGGCACUGCAAUGGGAUUUGUCUACAGGGGACAGAUUGAAACAAGGCUGAAGGAAGAUCUCAAUGCCUCUUUAUUGACGUAUGGACAGGAUGUCCAUGUGACAACAGCUUACGAUAUUCUACAGGAAAAGGAGCAAUGCUGUGGUGUCAAUAGCUAUACUGACUGGAGGAUGAGCGUGUAUUCUAAAGGCAAUAGSUCUAUUGUACCUGAUAGUUGCUGUAUUACACAAACCUCUGGUUGUGGACAAUCAUUUAACAAGAGUAACAUCUAUGUAGAGAUAUCUGCAAUGACUUUUGCAAUGAUGCUGAUAUGCAGAAUCAGCCGACAGUCAACAGAAUGACAUAAGUUUCUGAAGAAUCCAGAUUGUACAUAUUUUACAGGAAAUUUUGAGCUUUUAGUGAAGUAAAAGUGCACUCUUAAAAACGGUUAAAGAUUUUUGCCAUAUCCAGAUUUGGAGUGGGCUUGAUUGGUCUUGAUCAAGACCAAGAAAAGUCUGGACAUGGCACAACUCUGACAAAGACGAAAGGCUGUAUGGCUUCUGGAUGAUUCCAGUAUAGACUUGCUGCGAGUAUACUCWWGAUUCUUUGGCAAGGAAUAUCAUAAAAAUAUUUUAUACCGAUGCAGGRUUCUCAUUUAAUGUUUGGGCUCCCUGUGUACCUACAYGUAAUGGCUUUAUCAACAUCUUGCAGUAAAUUGAAAAACAAAUACAAAAUAAAAUAUCAAUUCUUUCAUUGAUUUUUUUUAUAUGUUUUCUGUUGAGUCUGUACAUGUGCACUCUAUUGUCUAAAUACGUAAUGUGAAAUAUUUCUGUGUUAAGGUAGUUAUGCAUAUUUUAAAUAUCACUUUGAGAGUCUCCAUUUCAGUCGUAAGUAAUCAUGUCUGUAUGAAGCAAUUUUGUAAUGUUAUUGCUUUUCAAGUCUGACUAGCACAAGUUUGGUGUCAAAUGAURUCAAAUUUGCGUGCUUGUCAGCAUUCAAAACUAAACUGAGGCAAUGAGAGCAAAGAACCUAGUUCUGGCACACUUCACUUCACUUAAGUUUUAUUGUGCUACCUUUUGAAAACAAAAAAUAAAUUGCACACAAAAAGCUAUCAUAACACAAACAUAAGAGUUUUGGUUAAGCUACACACAGGCCUGUUGAUCAACCCAAAUGUUGCACUGUUUUUCUUACAUGCUUUUCAGGCCAAACCACAAGUAGCUCAARCACAGGUCUAUAUUUGAAUCUAAAGUAUGGGGAGCUCAGCCCACAUUCGUUACUCAUAUCACGAUCUCAAAAUGAGCUAUAAUUAGCCACAAAAUUGCUUGACCUCAUUGAAAGGUACAGAUAUCCUAUAGCUUGUGUUGUUAUCAUGAUAAGCCGUAACCUGAGAUGGUGCUUAAGGAAUCCUGCUUGGACAGGAAAAAAAAAAACCAUUCGACAUAGAUGCACCUACUUUUCCAUGAGGUCAAACAAUCUCUUGAUAAUGAAUGUGGGCUCCCUAUGCUAUGUCUACACUGAAUAUUUUGUUUUCUUAAAACGUUGUGCYAACAUUUAAAGUCAAAACAUUAAAAUUCAAAUUCACUUGUUGGGUUACCUGUAGAGCUACAUGAAAACAAAAAUAUCAAAUUAUGUUUAUAAAUUUUUACAGUACCAUAAGUUAAAAGAUAUUAGACUCAGUGUUUUUUCAUUUCCAUUUAAUAAUGGCAAAUUCGUCCUGGAAGAGUUGUUGUAGUGCAUGAUAUUAAGUACAUUAUUAGUAGCAAUUCAACAAUUCAGUCGUGAAAAAAAUGUUUAUCAGAAUUCUUAUCACUAUUAUUAUAAUAUUUUUCUGUUUUUUAUUAUGUCUGGUUCUAGACUAAGAAGUGUUGAAUGUCUUUCUUGAAAAAAAAAGGAAAUGCAGACAAUCUUGAAAAGGUUCACCUAAAAAGAAAUUUCCAAUGUUUCAAAUAAUCACAGCUUGGAGAUAUAGAGGAUAUUACGUUGGUUGCUUGGAGAUAUGAAUUUUAUCUUCAAGUGUUGAAAAGAUCUCUCAUGAGUGAGCGUAGCGAACAAGCGAGAGAUUUUCAACACGAGAAGAUAAAAUU